ACCUUCUUCAGAGAGUCACAGCAAUUAACGGCACUGGUUUUGAGGAACUAACGGUGAAAGCAGCAUGUUAGCAAACGGGCUGAGCACGGCGAGCCGCCGGGAGCUGGAGGCUGGUGCUCGGAAGGGACGGUGAGCAGCGGCCGGACACACCGGGCACGGAGGAGAGGUAGAGAUGGAGACGAGCUUAUCAGCUCUGCCACCCCGAGCCUCAGCGUGAACCCUCCCUGAAACCGCAAAUCUCUGCCUGGCACAGGCUGAAGGCACCUGAGAUAAAAUCAGCCCGUGCCUGCGGCCAGCUGUGGGGCGAUGCACCCCAGGGUGAGGGUGAUGCCAAAGCCACGGAGGAGACCAUGGCCAGGCGCGGUGCCGGGACACCCUUCCUGCUGCGGCUCUCCCUGCUCCUGGUCCUCCGUCCGGGCGGGACCCUGGGCUGUGCCACGGUGGCUGUGGGCUCACCCAUUGUGCCCCUGGGCUCGCCCAUCACAGCAUCCUGCACCAUCCGGAGUGAGCUCUGCCGUGGCUUGGAGCACGGGAAGGUCCAGAUCACCUGGAUGGUGGACAACGAGCCCAUGGCUGGGAGCCAGCAGCGGGGCCCGGGUGGCACGGAGGUGUCCAACCUCACCCUGCCCCAGUUCAACCGCACGCAGGCCAAGCUGUGGUGCUGGCUGGAGUGGAACGGGACCAAGCAGCGCGUUGGCAUGGCCGAGAUCAGGGCAGGCUACCCACCUGCAAAGCCCUUUAACCUCAGCUGCGUCCUGAACCUCAGCGACUACGGGCUGACGUGCCAGUGGGAGCGGGGACCCGACAGCCACCUCCCCACCAGCAUCGCGCUCAAGUGUGGGGGGAGCAGAGCCCCGGCGGUGACAGGCUGCACCCCGCAAGGUGACCGCAGCUCCUGCAUGGUGCCGCGGCGGCUGCUCCAGCUCUACCGGCAGAUGGAGAUCUGGGUGUCUGCCACCAACGCGCUGGGCACGGCCGAGUCGGAGCAUCUCUACAUCGACCCCAUGGACGUCGCCAAGCUGGACCCCCCGGCCCUGAAGAGCAUCCAGUCCAUCCCAUUCCAGACCGACUGCAUUGCCCUGGCCUGGGAGGUGGCACGGAGCAAUGCCCACAUGGAGCUGCAGUGCGAGCUGCGCUACCAGGCAGCCGAGGACCCUGCCUGGGCUCUGGUCACCGGCAUCGACGGCCAGGCUGGCACCGCGCAGCACUGCGGCUUCCUCUUCGGCACGCGGUACCACUUCCAGAUGCGGUGCCGGCGGAGCUCGGCACGGGGCUACUGGAGCGAGUGGAGCCCGGGCAGGAACUACACCACCCACGAGAAAGCCCCCUCGGGGAAGCUGGACGCGUGGUGGAACGCUUGGCCGGCUGGCACGGGCGGGCGGCUGGAGGUGCAGCUGUGCUGGAAGGCCCCACAGCGGCAGGAAGCGAAUGGGAAAGUGCUGGGGUACCGUGUCACCCUGAGCCCCAGGAAGAGGGGCAGGGACCCCCCCACGGUCUGCAACACCACCCACACCCAGUGCAACUUCUCGGCGCCGGCGGGGACCAGGAGGGUCUAUCUCUCAGCCUACAACGCCGCCGGCGAGUCGGCAGCGACCGAGGUGGUCCUCCUGGAGAGGAAAGGUCACCCCCUGGCCAGGCUCUGGGCUGUGCCCGGGGGCGAGCGCAGCCUCUGGGUGCACUGGGAGCCCCCCCCAGCCCCGGUGGUCGCCUACGUCCUGGAGUGGCAGCGGGUGUCCUCAGAGCCCAGGCACUGCAGUGCCUGCUGGCAGAUGGAGCGUGACGGGGCCACCACCGCAGCCCUCAUCCGGGAUGGCAUCGAGCCUUUCCAGCGGUACAACAUCUCCGUGUACCCCCUCUACAAGGAUGCCAUAGGGGAGCCCGUCCACACCGCAGCCUAUUCCAAGCAGAAGGCACCAUCCUACGCCCCAAAGCUCCACCUGAAGAGCAUCAGCAAGUCCGACGCUGAGCUGUGCUGGGACCCGGUGCCAGUUGAGAUGCAGAACGGCUUCAUCACCAGCUACACCAUCUUCUGGGCCAACAGCACCGCAGAAGUGUCCAGCGCCACCGUGAAUCCCUCCCUCAGCUCCUUUGUCAUCCAGGAGCUGAAGCCAUCGACCCUGUACAAAGUGCACAUCAUGGCAUCCACGGCUGCCGGCGGCACCAAUGGCACCAGCCUGACCCUGGUGACCAUGGUGCUAGAUGACAUUGAAAUCCAGUUCCUCUUCUUGACCCUGGGGCUGAUCUUUGUCCUGCUCAUACUUUUGCUCAUCUGCUUCCAGAAGAACGGGCGGGUGAAGAAGCAGUUCUGGCCCAGUGUCCCCGACCCUGCCAACAGCAGCCUGGGCAAGUGGGUGCCGGUAGAGCUGCAGCAGGAGCAUCUGCAGGUCCCCGGCACAAAGGAGCCCGGCCUGGCCACCAUUUCUACCGUCACCGUGCUGGAGAGGGCUGCCUGGGGCAAGGAGCCAGCCGCCCCGGAGCCCACCAGCUCCUUCCCCGCCAUGCCCCAGCCCUACGUGCGGCAGGAGGCACCGGGCCGUGGCGGGAUGGCAGCCGAACCGCACCGGGGCCCCGGCGGGAGCGGGGAGAGCGUGCAGUACGCGCGGGUGGUGGGCGAGGGGUACAAGGGGCAGCAGCAGCUCCCGCCGCGCCUCUACCUGCGCUCGGGCUCCAGCUCCAGCCAGCCCCUGCUGCCCGGGCCCAGCCCCAGCCCCCUGCCCUACCAGAACCUCUGGUUCCACUGGGCCGCCCCUCAGGGCUGCCCGGGGGACGAGGGCUGCCCCGAGGAACCGCCCGCCACCUUCCCCCUGCUGCAGGGCCUCCGCAUCGGCGGGGCCGAGGAGCUCCAGGACUGCCGGGCCUUCUAGUACCGGGGGCCCAGGGCUCCCCCCGCGGCCUGCCACAGGCCCGGGCCUUAGCCCUGGGGGCCCGGCUCCCUCCGCCUGUGCUGUGUGCGUCCCCUCCCGCCCCUCCUCUCCCCUCUGCAAUAAACGGGGACGCGCUGAGAA